AAACAUGGCUGGCGUGGUCGCGCAGAGGGGCCGUGCAGAGCGCGCGUAGGGGGCUUUGGGCCGCUCUGGGUUUGUAGUUUUGAAAUUUCUGGCGGGGGAAUCCGCCGCGCAGAGUUUUGGUGGAAGGUGGGAGCCGAAGUGACGCCCUUCCGGGAGCCGCGCAGCCGGGCUCCGCUGCAUCUGGUCGCGAGACUGAGGGGCCGGGUUGAGCCGGCGCACGUGUGAGCGCCGCUGAGGAAGCGGCGAGCGGCCGAGCAGGUGUGGCUGCCGGCGGGGCCGCGCGAUCUGGAGGAAGGUCCGGAGCGCCGGGGUCCCGCUGUCCAGCCGGCGCCGGUCACUGACUCGUGUGGCGGCCCCGGCGCCUCUCCCUAGCGAUGCUGUGGAGCCGGAACUGCACUGGAGUCGGCUGCCGCUUGUCAAGCGUCCCCUCGCCUGUGCUCCCGGAACGGCGGCGCCUCAGCUGCCGCUGAUCCACCUGGGGAUGCCCGCGGGCCUCACAGAACCGCCCGGCGCCGCUCCCCCAGCUGGUGUGGGCGCCUCCGGGACCGUGACCAUGGCCCCCGCCGCGGCUCUGCCAGUCCGGGUGGAGAGCACUCCGGUGGCCUUGGGCGCCGUGACUAAGGCUCCUGUCAGUGUCUGCGUGGAGUCCACGGCGCCCCAGCCGCUGCGGUCCCCCGUGGGGACCCUGGUGACUAAAGUGGCUCCUGUCAGUGCUCUUCCUAAACUCAGCAGCGGCCCUCGUCUGCCAGCUCCUCAGAUUGUCGCUGUGAAAGCACCCAACACCACUACAAUCCAGUUGCCUGCUAAUUUUCAGCUUCCUCCAGGAACAGUUUUGAUCAAAAGUAACAGUGGUCAGUUGAUGUUGGUAUCUCCUCAGCAAGCUGUAACAAGAACCGAGACCACAAGUAACAUAACUUCAAGGCCAGCUGUACCAACGAAUACUCAAACAGUCAAAAUCUGUACAAUGCAGAAUUCUAGUUCACAGUUAAUCAAGAAGGUGGCAGUGGCACCUGUUAAACAACUGGCACAAAUAGGAACUACUGUGGUAACCACUGUUCCGCAGCCUUCCCCAGUGCAAUCUGUGGCUGUGCCAACCAGUGUUGUCACAGUGACCCCUGCAAAGCCGUUGAAUACUGUGGCUACCCUGAAGCCUUCAAGUUUGGGAGCGCCACCCACCCCCUCAAGUGAGCCCAGUCUCACAGCAGAGAACUCAGCCACUGCUCAGACUAGUCUUUCUCCGACGAUGCUAGAAAAUGUGAAGAAAUGUAAGAACUUCCUCGCAAUGUUAAUAAAACUAGCGUGUAGCGGGUCACAGUCCCCGGAGAUGGGGCAGAAUGUGAAGAAGUUGGUGGAACAACUUUUGGAUGCAAAAAUUGAAGCAGAAGAAUUUACUAGACAACUGUAUGUUGAACUCAAGUCUUCACCUCAGCCUCACUUAGUUCCUUUCCUUAAGAAAAGUGUGAUUGCCUUACGACAACUGAUGCCUAAUUCCCAGAGCUUUAUUCAGCAGUGUGUUCAGCAGACUUCUAGCGAGGUGGUCAUUGCUACCUGUACCACAACAGUAACGCCUUCUCCUGUGGUGACAACAGUAGUUUCCUCAGUCCAGCCUGAAAAGCCCAUCAUUGGUUCUGAAGCAGCAACAUCUGGAACUGUGUCAGUGCAAACUUUGAAUCCACUUGCUCCAGGGGGAGCAAAAACUGGAGUUGUGACACUUCAUUCUGUGGGUCCAGCUGCUGUGCCAGGAGGAACAACAGCUGGAACUGUUGUCCUUCAGACUCCAAAACCGCUAGUGACAUCUCUGCAGAACACAGUGACAGCAGUCUCACUUCAGCCUGAAAAGCCAGUUGUCUCUGGGACAGCAGUGACACUGGCCCUCCCCUCGGUAACUUUUGGAGAAACCUCAGCAGCAGCUGUAUGUCUUCCGUCUGUGAAACCUGUUGUUACUUCUGCUGGGACCACAUCUGACAAGCCUGUCAUUGGCACUCCAGUCCAAAUCAAACUUGCACAGCCGGGCCCCGUGCUUACACAACCAGCCAGCAUUCCACAGGCAGUUAAAGUCAAACAACUAGUAGUCCAGCAGCCUUCAGGAGGCCUUGCAAAACAAGUGACCACACUUUCCCAUUCCUCAGCAUUGACCAUCCAGAAAUCUGGACAGAAGGUGACAGUGGGCACUGCAGUACCUACCAGUCAGUUUCCUCAAGCUUCCAUUCUAAAGCAAAUUACCCUGCCAGGAAAUAAAGUUCUGUCACUUCAGUCAUCUAUUCAGAAAAGCAAAAUAAAAGAGAAUGGAACAGCAUCCUUCAGAGAUGAAGAUGACAUCAAUGAUGUGACUUCCAUGGCAGGGGUCAACCUCAGUGAAGAAAAUGCCUGCAUCUUAGCAACAAACUCUGAAUUGGUUGGCACACUUGUUCAGUCAUGUAAAGAUGAACCGUUUCUUUUCAUUGGACCUCUACAAAAGAGAAUUUUAGACAUUGGUAAAAAGCAUGACAUUACAGAACUUAACUCUGAUGCUGUGAACUUGAUCUCCCAUGCAACACAGGAGCGAUUACGAGGCCUUCUAGAAAAACUGACUACAAUCGCUCAGCAUCGAAUGACAACUUACAAGGCAAGUGAAAAUUACAUCCUGUCUAAUGACACCAGAUCACAGCUCAAAUUUCUUGAAAAGCUAGAUCAACUGGAGAAGCAUAGAAAGGAUGUAGAAGAAAGAGAAAUGUUACUUAAAGCAGCCAAGAGUCGUUCCAAUAAAGAAGAUCCAGAACAGCUGAGAUUAAAGCAGAAAGCCAAAGAGUUACAACAGUUGGAGCUCGCGCAGAUACAGCAUAGAGAUGCUAAUCUCACAGCUCUUGCAGCUAUUGGACCAAGGAAGAAGAGACCACUAGAAUCCGGGUCUGGAAGUGAGGGUUUAAAAGACAACCUUUUUGCUUCUGGGACAUCCAGCCUGACAGCCACCAAACAGUUGCUUCGUCCAAGAAUCACAAGAAUCUGCCUCAGGGACCUGAUCUUCUGUAUGGAGCAGGAGAGGGAGAUGAAGUAUUCCCGAGCUCUGUACCUGGCCCUUCUGAAGUGACCAUGGCCCUCUCCAUCCAGAUCCUUGCUACUUACUGCCAAAGAAGACAUAAAGAGCGGUGUCACAUGGUCCUGAGCUUUCGGUUUCUGGAAAAUAAUCACCGAUAGGGAAGACCAUUGUUUACAGUUAUAUACUUUUAUUAACUCUUAUGUAUUCCAUUAGGUUCUUAAUGACUAGGAAUCAGCUUCUAAAAAUAGGUUGUGAAGUACGGUUUAUUUACACAGAAGUAGGCAUAUGCCUACCUACGUGUUUAAUUACAGCAAGGCUCUGUUUGUUACUCCCUCCUUCAUUUGCCAAACUAUUAAUAGGUAAGGCGUCUUUCCCUAGUACAGCCUGCACUGAGAUGCAGGGGGAAGAAAAGAAGGGUCACCGCUUACCAGGAAACUAUGUAUUUCAUCCUACAUGGAACCUGACUCAAAGCAUUAGGUUUUCUGGGCUGGAAUCAGAAGUUGCUUAGCAAGUGAUGACAGUUGCCUUCUGUGGUUGAAGGUGACAAGCCACAGGGUAAGGCCAGUGGUGGCUUUUGUCGGCUGAGUCCCAUUGUUGUUAAAACAUUGACAAAUGGGGAUAGUUUGUGCCUGAAGUUGCUGUUCCCUGGUUCACCUCACCACCAGCGAUGGAGGGAAAUGAAAACGGAAUCAUAAAACAGGAAAUAUGCUGUAUACACCUAAGAGGGGUCAGUGGUCGAAUUGGAACUCCGAACCAACCAGUACAUGUUUUGUUGACAGGAUAAAAAUCACAGCCCAACCAAAAAGGAAAAUGUAUCAAACAUUUUCAAAUUACAGUAUUUCAAAAGGAAGAAGUUAUUCUUUGUUUUGUGUACUGCUUUAAAUCUCAAGAAGGAUAGUUUUAUAAACUCUUUUAGUUACCCUAAGUUUUAAGCAUCUUGUUGCAUUAAAAAAAAUCGUGAUUGAUGAUUAGAAAUUUUUAACAAUGGGAUUCCAUUUUGGACUCUGUACUCAAAAGGUAAGGUCAGCAUCUUACUCUUUGAGAUCUUGGCUCUACAUAUAUUAUGAGAAGCAUGUUAUAUAUACUCGUCCGAGGAGGAAGCUGACAUUUUGCAACGCAAACCCUCUUUUUUUUUUUUUUUAAUUCCACUUUUGUGGUAUGUAGCUGGUGAAAAAUAAUAGCUGUAGUUAGAAUCACAUACAGAAAGAAUGCGUAAAUCCUCCAAAGAAGGCUAAAGAAAAGAAAAAAAGGGAAAGCUGUGCUUCUUAGAAAAAGAAUUCAGGGGAAUAAAACCUCAAGUAUGUUAUUCUUCAUCCUGUUCUUCCCAUCGGGACUGUUAUGGCCAUAUUCUAUACUGUAGUAAGUUUCAAAUUGGCCACAUUUUCUGUUUCAGCGAGUUAUUAUGUAAAAAUGCUAUAAAUUAUGUGUAUGUUAAAAGAGUCCUUUAAGAAGAGAUCUAUACCUAAAGUUGUUUUUGUAUAUUUAAAUGCUUAGCUUUAUUUUUUGGUAAAGUGCAGCACACUCCCAUAUUUGUGUGUAAUCUUAUUGAUCAGAUGUUUAAAAUUAUUUCAAAUACUUCAUUAAAAUAAUUAUUUUAUUAUAAGAA